GAGGCUGCUGGGCGAGUGGGUUUCCUAUGCUCUUUCCCAAUUGCGUGGGGACUGCUAUUGACCUGGCGUCUCUGCAAAACCCAAGUCGCCGAGUAAUGAUGUGAAGUCGCCCGCCCAUCCUUGCCACGCCCGAGUGGUUACUGGUGGCGGUGGCCGCUCGGCUGCUGCUCUCAGGCUGCCACCGCUUUAGAGGCUUCUCCCUAAGGGAGUGCGGGCGAAGGAAGGAGGACUCCGAGCUAUUCCUACACCCAGGUCCUCUUACUGCUAAGAGGAUUGCUAAGUGACACUCCCAUCAACAAGUGUGCAAGUCAUGACUGUCCAAGGUAUGAUAAUCACCUGAAAGCACUCAUUGCUGCAGAUGUCAUUUGACUCAGCAGAAAAAAAUCUAUUUAAAAGGAACUACCCAUACAACCAGAUCCAUUUCUUUUUUUAAUGGCUUGAUGGAUUUCCUUCACUCUAAUUCAUACCAAAGCUGUUUUUCUCAACCAAAGCAAGAAAAGAUCCUGCAUGAAUCAAUCCCAGAAUGCCAUUUUUACAUCACCAACGGAUGAAGAAAACCUCAUGAAUAGCAAUCCCAGAGAUUCAGAGAGCAUCACUGAUGUCUGCUCCAAUGAGGAUCUGCCUGAAGUUGAGCUGGUGAGUCUGCUAGAAGAACAGCUACCCCAGUACAGGCUAAGAGUGGACUCUCUCUUCCUCUAUGAAAAUCAAGACUGGACUCAGUCCCCACAGCAGCAGCAGCAGCAUGCAUCUGAUGCCCUUUCUCCAGUCCUUGCUGAAGAGACUUUCCGUUAUAUGAUUCUAGGCACAGACAGGGUGGAGCAGAUGACCAAAACUUACAAUGACAUCGACAUGGUUACACAUCUCCUGGCAGAGAGGGAUCGUGAUCUGGAGCUAGCUGCUCGAAUUGGGCAAGCUCUCUUAAAGCGGAACCAUGUCUUGUCUGAGCAGAAUGAAGCCCUUGAGGAGCAGUUGGGGCAAGCUUUUGAUCAAGUUAAUCAACUACAGCAUGAGCUAUCCAAGAAAGAUGAGUUACUUCGAAUUGUCUCCAUUGCUUCUGAAGAGAGUGAAACUGAUUCCAGCUGUUCUACACCGCUUCGGUUCAAUGAGUCCUUUAGCUUAUCGCAGGGUUUGCUGCAGUUGGACAUGCUGCAAGAAAAGCUCAAGGAACUGGAAGAAGAGAAUAUGGUUCUUCGAUCCAAGGCUUGUCACAUAAAGACAGAAACUAUUACCUAUGAAGAGAAGGAACAACAGCUUGUCAGCGACUGUGUUAAAGAACUUCGUGAAACUAAUGCUCAGAUGUCUAAAAUGACUGAAGAAUUGUCUGGGAAGAGUGAUGAACUGAUUCGAUACCAAGAAGAGAUCUCUUCUCUCUUGUCUCAGAUUGUAGAUCUUCAGCACAAACUUAAAGAACAUGUGAUUGAGAAGGAAGAACUGAGACUUCAUCUACAAGCUUCUAAAGAUGCCCAAAGACAACUGACAAUGGAGCUGCAUGAGUUACAAGACAGGAAUAUGGAGUGUCUGGGAAUGUUACAUGAAUCUCAAGAAGAAAUAAAGGAACUUCGUAGUAGAUCUGGCCCUGCUGCUCAUCUGUACUCCCAGUCAUGUGGAGCUUUUUCUGGAGAAUCUUUAGCAGCUGAGAUCGAGGGAACCAUGCGUAAAAAGUUGAGUUUGGAUGAGGAAUCUCUCUUUAAACAAAAAGCCCAGCAGAAACGGGUAUUCGAUACUGUCAGGAUUGCCAAUGACACACGGGGCCGCUCUUUCCCAUUCCCAGCUCUGCUAACAAUUCCAGGUUCCAAUCGUUCAAGUGUCAUCAUGACAGCAAAACUUUUUGAGUCAGGUUUACAACAAACAGAGGACAAAACACUCCUGAGCCAGGGGAGCAACUUGGAGGCGGUUCCAGGGAACAUUCAUAAGGUGGGUCAACCAGAACCCUCUGAAGAUAGUGAUUUGGCUACAGCACUGCAUCGCCUUAGUCUGCGGCGACAGAACUACUUAAGUGAGAAGCAGUUCUUUGCUGAAGAGUGGGAGCGGAAGAUUCAGGUUUUGGCUGACCUGAAAGAAGGGGUUAGUGGUUGUGGCACCCCCACAGAGAGCCUUGCCUCUCUCUGUACUGACCAGUCGGAGAUCACAGACUUCAGCAGUUCCAGUUGCUUUCGGUGUUUUCUGCCUGAAAAAUUACAAAUUGUCAAGCCCCUUGCAGGAUCACAAACUCUGUACCACUGGCAACAGCUUGCUCAACCAAAUUUAGGAACCAUUCUUGACCCACGACCAGGUGUCAUCACUAAAGGCUUUACCCAAUUGCCUAAAGAUGCCAUCUAUCACCUCUCAGAUUUAGAAGAGGAUGAAGAGGAAGGUAUCACUUUUCAGGUUCAGCAACCUCUUCAAGUGGAACAAAAACCUACCGAUUCCAAGCCAAUAACAGGAAUCUUUCUGCCGCCCAUUACUUCAGCAGGUGGUCCAGUUACAGUUGCAACCUCAAACCCAGGGAAGUGUCUCUCAUGCACAAACUUGACAUUCACCUUCACCACCUGUAGGAUAUUACAUCCCUCUGAUAUCACUCAGGUUACCCCCAGCUCUGGGUUCCCUUCAUUAUCCUGUGGAAGUAGCAGUAGCAGUUCAUCAAACACGGUGGUGAAUUCUCCUGCUAUGUCCUAUAGACUCAGCAUUGGUGAGUCCAUCACCAACCGACGAGAUUCCACUGUAACCUUCAGCAGCACCAUGAGCUUGGCCAAACUUCUCCAAGAGCGAGGCAUCUCUGCUAAAGUCUACCACAGCCCCGUUUCAGAGAACCCCCUUCUCCAGUCUCUCCCUAAAGCCCUGGCUAUCCCUUCCACACCACCAAAUUCACCAUCUCACUCACCUUGCUCUUCUCCUUUGCCCUUUGAGCCUCGAGUGCAUCUCUCUGAAAAUUUUUUGGCCUCCCGCCCAGCCGAAACAUUCCUCCAGGAGAUGUAUGGCUUGAGACCUUCCCGGAGCCCUCCUGAUACUGGCCAGUUGAAGAUGAACUUAGUGGGCAGGCUGAAGAGACUGGGGAUAGCCAGAGUGAUCAAGGCCCCCGAUGCCCAGGAAAAUGGAAGAAGCCAAGAGGCAGAAAUUGGUCUUCAAAGACCAGAGUCUGCUGUUUACUUAAAUUCAGGUAGCAACUUAUUGAGUGGAUUGAGGAGGAAUCAGAGUCUUCCAAUCAUGAUGGGUAGCUUUGGCACCUCAGUUUGCACAUCUUCACCCAAAAUGGGUAUCCUGAAGGAGGACUGAGGUUCGGCAGUUAACUGACCUCGUAAUAUAAACUAGCAGGAUGAAGGAUAGAUUUGCACUGAUACAUGUACUCUGGUCUGACUGAGAGAAAAAGAAUGUUGCAGAUGGGUUGCGAAUGUGGGAAGAGGAAAGUGAGAGAAUGGAAACAAUUGGGAUGAGGCCCUAAGGAGGGAGAUCCAAUAAGCUGAAUGUGUAAAUGAAUGGGUCGUGAGUGUUCGUAAGCAGAACAGGAAGAAAGAUUGGGUUUUCUGGUCUUGAAAAUAAAAAGUGACCAGAAAAUAAAUUCAGUAAUUGAAACAAACCAGAAAUAUCGAACUUGCUAGGACAGUCCUAGGAAGCAUAAGCAGGGAGCGCCCGGGUCAGGAGACAGGAGGAGGAAAGGAGCGGCGUUGCCUGUUGCCUGGAGAAAGCUGUCUGGAAGGUGGCAGGGGUAAGCUCAGUCACGGAAACAGCAGUGAGCUGGCUUCUGUUUUCCCCUUUGACGCCUGGUCAAAUGACAUAUCGGGCAGCGGUAUACUCACAGCUUUAGCAAACAAGAAGUUUUACCUUCCUCAAAGAGCAGAAUAGUGGAGCCCCCCUUUUUGCUUUCUGUUUUCAGGACUUCAAACCACUGGGAGCCCAAACACCACCCAAACUCCUUUUGUAUUUGUGAUUAACAAAAGUUCAUUUUCUUAAGUCUGUAUUUUACUACAACAAUCCAGAAUGUAUAUUGAGGGAUAGCGGGGAUGGUAGAAGGGGUUUAAUUUAAGAAGGAAAUAUGGGUAAAGUAAAACCAAGGAAACUUGUUUUCAGAAGAUUUCUGGAUAAGCAUAGUGGCCAAGGAGUAUGAACAUAAUUGCAUGUCUUUCAAAUUUCCUUGGAAGCUUUCAAAUUUCCUGGAUGGGGUUAAACCAAAAGUACAAUCAGUAGGAAUUAAAGAAUGUUAUAUAUUUAUGUCUAAGGUUUUUUUAUAAGGAAAGUUGAUUGCAACUAAACUUUUUCCAAAGUGUGCUAUGCAUAUUUCUAAUGAAAGACAACGUGUAUUUGCACAAAAUUUCUCAGGCAAAUUAUUAAAUUAUUAUAAACUUAAUUAAAAGCCAGAUGCUUGCUUUGAGACUGGUUUUCUUAAUGUAAAAUAAAAUUAAAGCACAUCUGCCUUUUUCUAGAUAUCUGUAAAAUUAUAGUAUGAACUUUUUAAUGAGAGAGUUAAAGCUUUUGCUUUUUCUCUGCUGGUGUUUUGUUUGUUUUACAAACUAUGUGAAAUGGCAAAGUGAAACAAGGAGAAUUAUGUUUCAGCAUUUAGCAUUGUGACGCGAGGCUACGAAUUGGGAAGAAAUAGAUCUGUUUUCUGAGUGUUAAGGAUCAAGGUCCGCUGUUCCCCGUCAGAGGACAGGCUUUAUCUAGAAAGGGCAGUUCAGAAAGAAACACCAUUAUAUUGAAAGGCAUGAUAGAAGAUGAGGGAGGGGGCUAACUCUUUUAUUUUUGAAAAUGGGAAGCAUAUUACUUGACUUUUUGGUGCUUAAUUUGCAAAUCCUUUGCUCCUUUGUUCUGACUUAACUGAAAGGACUUUUCUGAUAUUCUUGGUAAGAGUCUUGCUCCUGUGAUUUUCUCCGAAACUCUUAUUCCCGGGCCAGAGGAGGGUUCUUCCUCUCUCCUCUCGAGGUGCCUUCCUACAUGAAGAGCUAACAAAAGGGUAGAAAAACCAACAUGCAUGCAGUGGUAAGAAUGUGUGAGUUUUCUGUGCUUUUUAGAAUCUUUUAAUAAACCUUUUCUAAAUCAGUUUCUUAAAAACAGAAGUGAAAGUAUCCUCCCCACUUUCGCUCCCCUUGUCUUGGUCAUGCUGAGGUCAGGAGACCUUACAGUGCAGACCUGUUCAGAAAGGAUUCCCACAGAUCCACUAGUGAAUGUAAAAGUCCCCGAAUGGGGUAGGAAUUGGCCAGAAGAAUUCCUGAUGUUUUACUGUUUCCAAAAUAUCCCAAUUUGCUUAUUAAAAAAUAGUGUUCGAGUUUCUACUUCAUAAAGUAGAAACUCUGGGGUGCUUAUUUUAGCCAGUUCUUAAAGCUUUUUAUUUAUUCUCUAAGAAAGUAAUCUUCCUGUUGCCAGUUUCUAAGAGACUUUAGGAAGUAGGAAAAUAUAGGGCUAGAGAGCAGUAUAAAGUGUUAAAUUAUCAGAUUUAUAUCUAUUAUGUAAAUAGCUAUAAAUUAUGCUAGGUUUUGAAGUAUUCUCUACUUAGUAUACUUUUCUAUAACCGAUGCUAAAAUGAUCACUUUGGAGGAAGGGCGAGGGUGUAUUCAUAGCCAAAUAAGCACAUCUGAUUAAAGAUAACCAAACUUAGGUUUUUAAAAAUUAGAUUGAUGUUGCUGUUCCACCAGAAACAUAAUUGUAUACUGAUGCGUGCUUGUCUCUAGAAAUGAACCCUGUUUUGAAUUGGAUUUUACUAUUUUUUGAAGUUUUGACCUAAAAUCAUUUUUGCUACAGCCCAAAAAUUUGUUAUAACAAACGUGUGCAAAAUAUAGUCAGAAGAACUGGAGCCUUGUAGCAAGUUCCUCCUCAUUUUAUCUGUAUACUUUAAUACUGUUCACAUUUUAGUUUUUCUGUAUCAACUGUAUACGUAUUUAUAUGCCAGUAUAGGAAACUCCAAUCUUUUUUUUUCUCCUUCAAGAAGGUUCUCAGUGAUUAUACCUCAGGUAUUUCUGAGUAUCCUACUGUAUAGUAAGAGGGAUACCUUUGUAAGCUCAGAAUUAAAAGCUCUUUUGAAUGAUGAUGAUCCAAAUCUUAUGUAAAUAACCUUAGGCAUGAAUCUUAGGAAGAAGCUAACCAUUGUUAAAGUAGUUUUUUAAAAAGUUUUAUACCACAUGUCCUUGAUUUCACAUGAAUGAACAGAUUUUGGCAAGGGGAGAAAGGCAGCUCACAACAAGAGCCUCUUCUAUAAAGGGUGUAUUUUAUACAGUAUUGAAAGCCUGUUACUUUUUCUGACCAUUCUGGUGCAUAAUUAGUACUACUUGUUGAUUACUAAAGUCGAUUUUUGACAUCUGGAACUUGCGCUGUGUAUUAUGGUCCCCUCCUUUGACGUCAGACCUAUGGGCCUGCACUCCCAAGUGCAGCACAGCAGUGUCUAGAAUGAAUGGCUGCAUUGCAGAGCACGGCUGCCUAGGAGUGGCCAAGUGCCCUCUGGGUCGGCCAGGGAAAUACCGUUCUUUGAUAUCUGGGGGCUUGACUUUGUCAAACAGCUCUUUGUUGCACCUGCCUUUGCUUUGUCAAAUGUAAAUCAGAUAAUAAACAUGAGUACCUUCUUAAA